AUGGCCCUGGACAAACGGAGGCAGACUUGGAGCGACCUUACCAUUAAACUGCAUCCUCGCAAGCGUACAUGCAUGACUGACCUUCGACAUAGCUGCCGCCACCCCGGCUGCCACGGCUGCCAGAUCAUGGGCGAAUAUAACUACAAUCAUCACCAGACUCGGUCACAAGGCCUCCCGGCCUACUCAGACAUCGACACUAACACGGAUGACGAGCCCAAACACAGGGAACUCGGUAGACCAGGCCGUCUCGCUUCGAAGUGGAUUGCUGAUCUUGUCAACGGCUCACUUGGCGAUGCUGGUCUGCCACCAUGCACAAAUCCCGCCUCGGUGCAUCCCGCCCGCCAUGACCUCUACCGCGUGCUGAGCCAGUCCUUCGAAUCUUCUGCAGGAUGGAAAACCCAGGAGCACGACCAAAUGCUGACCGUCUGCAUGUGCCGAACAUGCAAAAAGACCUUCACAAUCGUCUUGAAGUGUCCCACCGGCCGUCGAUGUGACAAGAAUGUCCAGCGCAUGCACCACCUGGUACCUACCGCCGUUUCAGACGGAGCAUCCUCUCAUUCCAAGCACUAUCCCAUCAACAGCGAGGCAAACUUCAUGUGUUCUGCUGUCGGCUGCGAUCUGACUGUUUGUGUCGACGUGUGUGAACGCCGCCUGCCUGAGGCUUGGGAAGCCUCUCUGGUUGAUCGCGACACUGUUCGUGCAAGACUGGAGGAGCUUCUGCAGUCUAAUGAUCACGACAGAUAUGAAGACUUCAGGUCUCCGGACAAGCUUGCAAAACUGUUCCCGGCCCACUACCUUUGGCAGUACCUUAGUGACGUGCUCAAAUCCGGACCCGAAACUGCGGAGAAGAAAGUGUCCUACCGUAACAAGUUCUUCACCCUCUGCUUCUGGGACAGAUUUGGUGAUGUCUUCGACUUUCUGGAGUUUGAGACUGUUGACGGAGACGGCGACCAGUCCCUGGUUCUGCCUCAUCUCGAUGAGGCGCCCUCAGCAUUCACCGACCCAGUGAGUAGGAGGGGUUGGUUUGAAAUCGUCCGGAUACAUCUGUACUUUCUGGUUGUGGACAACCUGCCCGCAGCCCUUGUCGCACCCAUCGAGAUGCCCGUCAACCCGCAAAUCGACACAAUAAAGGUGCUGGAAGAGCUGCUAGAUGCCAAGUAUGCUAAAUCGAAGCAGUCUUUCGGCGACUACAAUCCUGCUGAUUUCGAUAUGCUCGGCGUCAAUAAUGACAUCCAUGAAAACAUGCUCUGGUACGCUUGUGCCUGCCAGGGCCAGACGGAUCCCACCAACCGAGAGCUCUAUUUUGAGGCACUUCGCCGAGUGAGCCAGAACAGAGAGGGCGUCAGCCCUGAGUUGAGAAAAUGGUUAGAAGGCGAGGAAUUGGCGCUCGUCAUCGUGAGGUCGGCGAGAGAGGCUGGGGCGGACCCUCUGCCCAAGGCUUACAGGGCACUCGAUUCAGAACAAUCUGCUAGCAACGAGUUUGUUCUCCGGCAGUUCGACAACAAGUUGAGAUCGGCUUCCUUUCCCGAUCGGAAAACGCUUCGGAAUAACCUGUUGCUCAUCGGGAGGAACAAGAAGGACCCUGAUAUCGUGCACUACGCGUGUCGUUUCGAGCCCGAGGAAGCCAUGACAUUCCUUGGAAUCCCAGAAGACGCCGUGCAGGACGUCAUCCCCAGUUACGUCCAGACAAACGUCAACGAGGACAAAAGCAUUGACCGCAUUUUGGCGGCUGGUGCCUUGAGAUCAUUGACCAAAAAAUAUAACAAUCAUGCAGAGUUGGAAGUUCUGGCCAUUGAGCUAGAGAGAGAAGCAGGCGAGCCUUGGAUGGUGGACGACAACUCAAUCACGGUUGCACUGGGUCCUCCUUCCCAGACAGCUGCUGGGCCUGCAUUCGAUGCCUCCCUACCAGUCGGCCUAGUCAACAUCCGCAACACCUGUUACCUCAACAGCCUUCUUCAAUAUUUCAAUACUGUCCUACCGGUACGCAGUGUUGUGCUCAACUGGGAAGAGUACAAAAUGGAGCCAACGGAAGACAAUAUCAAGACACGCCGCCUAGGAGGUAGCGGCUCAGCCCUAGACAAGGCUGAGGCCUUCCUGGCCGCGAAGUUCGUCGAGGAGAUGCGAUCUUUAUUCUUGGACCUUCAAAGCUCCAAUGAAAGUGCUAUCAGGCCUCAGCAACGCCUAGCACUCGCUGCGUUGAAGACGGCAGAUCAACUCGUCAGGGGCAAACCGGCGGAGACUUCCACGACGGCGAUAGGUCCUCAACCAACCCCCGAAGUGUCUACUAGGGAUCUGCCUCCUCCACCCCCUUUGCCCGCUAGGCCUUCGCCUAAGCCCCCAUCCCAGUUAACUCAGCCCACUGUUACAGUGAACGCAGUGUCGGAACACGCUGAUACUGCUAGCAAUGUGAGCUCCUCGACCUUGGUUGACCAAAGGGAUGAAGAAGCCGACCAGACCUACGUUACGAUUUCCCAAAACCCGACCAAGGACAAGAAUAUCCCCCAGGUCGUGCCGGCCAAGCAGAGGCUUGCGCUUGACGAUGAAGACAAGGAUCAAGCACUCGGCCUGGGAGAUGGUGGGCGCGGACGAUCUGUGGGUCGCGAACAGGAUACAUCAAGUGUUCCAGAUGCCAACAUGGGUGGCAUGGACGAGACUGUGACUGUAUCUGUGACGGAGACCAAGGUGGAGCAAGCGCUCACGGUAGAAGAGAAAAUCACAGGUGCCCUCAACGACGUGAGUGUCACUGGGACCGAACAGCAAGAUGUGGAAGAAGUCAUGGGCAACAUCCUCGAGCACCUCCAUGCCGCUAUCAAGCCGACUGGCACAGAUGAGCAUACCGGGAAACAGACUGAUAUGAUCACGGAAACCUUCUACUGGUCUAGCGUCAAGAAAAUCCGGACCGUCGACACGAAAAAUACGGGUAAGACUCAGUCUGACUUCAGGUCUGUGCCCGAUCUCUCGAGAUGGAUGACUGCCUUUCCAGCCAAAGAAGGCAAGAUCGACCUGUACAAAGCGCUCGAUAGCAACUUUGAUCAGGAAUUUCAAGAGGACGGCCACGAAACGUAUUCUUCCAUCACGAGGGCGUCUCCAAUCCUGCACGUCUACAUUCAGAGAAGUCAAAACGUGGAUGGGAAGCUAAGCAGGAACAACAAUGUCGUUGAAAUACCUGAAAGGCUGUACCUGGAUCGUUACAUGGAUGGAGACAACGACUCGGAUCUCUUCAAAAAGCGGCAGCGCAGUUGGCAACUGAAGCGGCGGCUCGAAGCGCUGGAUCGCCCACCGCAGGCUGAGCCAAUUGAGCAAAAACGCAGGGAGGAAAAGGCCAAAGUCAAUGAGGCAGGCUAUGAGGUCAUCGAUGGAAAUGAUACAGUCGUCGGAGCGUUUGAGAAAGAGAUGAUGACCGUCGAAGACGAGGACUACGUUUCUAUCCUGACUCCCGAUCUUCAGCAAAUGUUUAUUCACCAGGGUAAUCUUCCCAACCCCUCUCAACCAUCCGGUGAGGAUAUUGCCAUGGGCGGCACAUCUGUUGAGUCAUUGGCCAACCUCAGCUCGGACGCUUGUCGCCAUCUUCAUGAGUUCAACGAGGACCGCAAAGAACGUGACCGCAAGGAACUGUCUACAUUGUUCUCCGACAUGACUAGUGUGUCCUAUCGCCUCCAUGCGGUCAUCUGCCACGGCGGCGGCUUGGGGUCCGGUCACUACUGGGUCUGGAUUUACGACUUCGACAAGAACGUAUGGCGCAGUUACAAUGACGAAAGGGUCGAAGUCCAUGCGGACAAGGACAAGGUUCUGAACGACCUGAACAAUGGUGCCAGCCCUUACUAUGUGGCGUAUGUUCGUGAAGACCAGGUCGACCGGCUAGUCAAGAUUCCGGAGCGAAACUUGGUCACAUCUAGCGAACAGGUUCCCACAGCUGCCGAAGAGGUCAUCCAGAGCGUCGACGUCGACAUGCAGGACGCGGCAGAGGUGUCACAUGUAGAGCAUCGCGAGUAG